AGACACAAAAUAAUAAAACCUGAACCUAGAGCAGCUGCUAUCAGUGGACUAAUCCCAUUCACAACGAAUAAGAAUACCACAUAAAUCGUUGUCGUGUAUGCUUGAUUGCUUAUUCUAUUCUUCCUUAUUUUACAAUCUCAUCGGGUUAGUUGAAUUGGGAAGAGAGAAAGUGGACAUGAAAUGCAUGCAGGGUUAGGCAACACAAAAUCCACGCACACACACACAAUGCAUUUACCAACUUCACCACCACUCCAAAAAAUGCACCCUUCAUUACCCUCAAUCUUAAAACUCCAACCCCAUUUCUCCCUUCUCUUUCUUUGUGAAACUCACUAGCUAGCUACAGCUAAAGGUGCAAUAAAGAAGAGACAAAACAGCAGCCCCCUCCCCUGAAUUCAAGCUGCUGCAAAUCAAAAGCAUGGCAGUUUGCCACGGCUCUCCUCCACUCCCCACCACCACCACCACCACUUCUUCCAUGGCUUUCCUCCUCCUGCUGCUGCUGCUGGCUGCUGCUGCUUCAGCCACAGCAGUACUCGCCACUUCACAAUCUCCCACCAUCACUGACUGCACUCCAGGGCUGCUCCAACUCACCCCAUGCUCCCCAUUCGUGCAAGGCCUCUCUGCUUCACCACUCCAAUCAUGCUGCAACAACCUCCUUCAGCUCUACCACCGCCAGCCUUCAUGCCUCUGCCUCGUCCUCAACACUCCUGAUUUCGGCGGCUUCCCCAUCAACACCACCCUCGCCUCUCGCCUUCCUUCCCUCUGCGACCUCCAUGUCGAUCCUUCUGCUGCCUGUUCUUCGCAAGUUCCUCCGCCGGGUGCAAGGCUCCCUGCUUCUCCUCGAGUUGCGCACACCAAUUCGUCUACAGAUUCAAUUGGACAUCACCCUAAUUCCACUGUUCCAGCCUUCCCUGUGAUUCAAGCUGCGCCAAGACCAGUCGUGAUGGGGAUGGGGAUUGGGGGGAGCUCACGUAUUGGCGUUGGAAGACAAGUCCCCAUGAUGCUUCUUAUGGUGUGGCUGUUGCAGUUUUUCUUCUUCUUGCUGUGAUCAGUUAAUUGUCUAGGUUUAAGUCUGGCAUCCUUAAUAGGUGUUCAAAGGAUGUCCGAGGUGGCAAUUUCUUACCUAUUGUUGUUAUUCUUUAUCUAGAUUAGACAUCGUCUAUUCGUCUUCAGGGUAUCAAAUUUAACUUAACGGUGUCUCAAGUUGCUUAAGCUCUGUGAUCAGUUAAUCUUAAGUGUUUUGCUUAAUUUUUGUUUUAAUUCAACACCCUGAUACAUUAGUUACUUGGAUUACAACCAAUUUUGAGCUUCAACAGCCAGCAAUUGGUCUGCUCACAAUGCUAGGCCUCACUAAACACAGUAGUGAACACUGAACGGUAACUACAGCUCCAUAUCUUCAGAAUGAACACUCCACUGUAAC